AUGGUGGUCAACACCUCUCAGUUUUAUACCUCAUUUGAUGUCAAUGAUCAGCCAAGAUCCAAUAUUAUGAGAGAGUCUAAGAAGGAAAAAGGUGUAGCUUUUCUAGCUACAACUGAGCUGCCUGCAAGGACAGUUGAUCUGUCAACAGUUAACCUUACAGAGUUAGUGAAUGGGAUGCUGACCAAGGCCUUGAAAGACAGCAAAAAAUUCUUCUCCUUGCUGAGCAUAACUUCUCACAGCUCAUUUGCCUUCCACAAGUUCUCAGUGGUGAUUUAUAACAUUUCUAACCUGAAAAUUAUGGACCCCACCAAGUUCCCUACACGAUACUGCUACUGUUUAAACAAUCGGACCAAUGAUCUUUCAGAUUUUACAGCUCUCCUGGUGGACAUCAUUGGGAACUCCACUAGCUACCUCACGGAGAUUUUCAAAUCCACCUCCAUUCUCUCAGUGAGUCAGAGCACUGAGUCUGAUUGCAUCUACAUCUGUGUGAUGACUGGGAAAACAGGAAGAAAUCUUUCCGACUUCUGGGAAAUGGUGGAGAAGUCUCCUGUUAUUAACUACACAUUUACCAGUAACGUGUCUGGUGUUCUGGCCAGUAGAAUGACUACUUGGGCUCCCAGCGAGUCUUUGAAAAGAUUUGAAGUGACACCUACAAAAUUCCCGGCAUGGACACAGACCACAAGAUUGGAAGGAUCUGGAAUUUCUUCUAUGAAAGCCUCUUCUCUAAUGCAAACUGGACCUUCAGAUGAAGAUGAAACCCUAUACACAAGAACACCUCACCGGCUUUCUCUUCUUACAAGGGUUUUGGCAACAGUGACACAAGGCACUUCAUCCCAAGACCAUCUCAUUUCAGCAGUGAAUUCCUCUCCAUCAUCCGACACUCUCACCCCUUCCAAGCAGGGAGAAGACAUGACCAGAGAAUUUCUGCUCCCAGGAACAUAUACUCCAGGGACAAAUACUCCAGGACCAACCAAAGCACAUGCACCAAAACAGCCAUACACUGUUUACUUUGCUCCAGCAUUAAUAUCUCCCUCUCCGUCUCAGCCAUCACCUUUCCCCAAACUCCAUCUUGCAUCAAGAUGUCCACAGCCACUGCUUAAAGACAAAGACAUGAUGACCUCUCCUCUCACCCUUAGCCUCCAGAAAAUAAACCCUUGUGUCAUGGAACUAUGCCGAUUUUUUCAACAAUGCCUCUGUCUUGGUCAAAAGCAAUAUCCAAGAAAAGAUACUAUGAGGUUCUGCAUCGAAUACUAUUCCUGGUUCUUGAGAAGUGCAACAUAUAUUUGCCAGAGGGUAACAAGGAUGGCUCAUUCUCACACCUUAAAGCAAAAAUGUCUUUCAAACAUCUGCACAUCUGUCUGAAGCCCUGAGAGAAACACUGAAGCACAGCUCUGAAUUUGUUCCACCUUCUUGGCUGUUCUGCCCAAACCACAAUGCCAUCAAGAUCACCACCAGGAACUGAUUUGUUUGUUUGUUUGUUUGUUUGUGGCCGUCCUUGUUCUGGUGGUGGUUUUAAAUCAGCCCUUUGUUUUCUCUCCCUGGUAUAGCUGGUGUCAGGCUGCUGUUGGAGGUGGCAGCGGUGGGGCACACACAGAUUAUAGGCACGAAAAGCUGUCCAACCUGUUUCUCGUUCAUAAACACAUCAGUUACAGGCCUGUAGAUAGAAGGUCAUCUUGGACCCAGUAAGAUCAGUUGGGCACAGAAGAUAAAUGUCAAAAUGCCUACGAAGGCAAACCCAGCUCUGUACUUGGGAAGUGAUGGCUCAUGAAGCUUGUUGGUAAGGCAAAAAUGCAUCCCAGAGUCCUUUAAAAACUCACCACAGAGAAUUUUCCCUUUGUUUUCAUGCUCAUUAAAGAGGCUAGUCCCCAAGCAAAUACCACUGGCUCUGUUUUGGUGUUCUGGUAAGGUAAAACAUCUCUGAGAAGAUAUGGAUACUCUCCUCUUGUCAGCAAGGGAUUACGGGCAGAAUGCAUACACAUGUUGGCAAAUGAGAUGAUUAUUGCAGCUGUCAUUUUGGUUAGUUUUUAUUUUUUUAAUUGAUCUCUCUCUGCCUCUCUCUCUUUCUCUCUCUCU